UUUCUCACCAGCCUUGUCGGCAAUCAAUCUGCAAAAUUCAGGAAGGCACCGAAUACUCCCACGUGCCUUUUCUCUUCUAUCUAUUUUGGUGUCAAUUAUUCUCUGUACAGAUUUCUGGGUUUAUCCCGUCCUCAAUCGUGUAGUCGUGUCAGCACUCAUAUCUUGGAUGUUGUGAGCGCCUUCCACAGACCAGCUGAAGUAUUUAAUGGCCGAAGAUGAGCGCUUUAGGGGAUCAAUUCGAGAGCAUUCUCGCGACCUUCAAAUCAAAACUCAAUGCGAAAGAGCGAGAGGACUUCCAGUUCGUGACGCUCAAUGAUGUGCGAGAAACCGCGCUGCAGAUUCAGAAAGAUCACGAGAACCUGAGGACGAUGAUGAAUAUGUCUCGCCUGCAAUCGUUUCUUGAAGCAAUGAAUCAAUUCGGGGAAGUUCUAGGUGUCUUUGCGAACGCCAAUAUCUUUGUUGCUUUCGUCUGGGGCCCAAUGAAGUUCAUCCUACAGACUGCAAGCACAUGGGCUGACAGUUUUGAGACGAUACUUGAUGCGUACCGCCAGAUUGGGGAGCACAUGCCGCUCUUGAUGCAGUAUAAAUCUGUGUUCGGCCAGAAACCUGACAUGAGCCGCGUCCUUGCACUCAUCUACACCGAUAUACUCGAGUUUCACAAGAAAGCGGUGAAAUUGUUCAGAGGAAAGACUGAUAUCUGGAGACAUCUGUUUCGUUCCAUCUGGAAAGACUUCGGCGCACGGUUUAAAGGAAUACUUGAGAACCUCCGACAGCACAAACAACUGAUCAAUGAGCAAGCCAACGUUCUGCAUUAUGAGCAAUCACAGAGCGAUAGCCAGGCAAUGCUUGCACACAUCCAGAAAUACGAGCAGGACAGAGAGGAAAAAAGGGAACGACUCAAGAAGAAAGAAGAGGACGAAAGAGAUCGAAAACAGUUGGCGGUCUUAAAUUGGUUUUCAGCAGCGCCAAGCACUGCAUCAGAUCAUGACAUCUUCCGCGAAACUCGGACUGCCUCUGCUGGGAGUGGGCAAUGGAUCCUGAAAAAUGAAAAGGUUCAGAAUUGGAGGGAAAUGGACACUCCAGUUUCAUCAGUGUUGUGGGUAAAUGGAAUUCCUGGAGCAGGGAAAACUAUCCUUGCUUCUGUUCUUAUAGACAGUUGUUUGCAAGAUCCUUCGUACACUACAAGUUAUUUCUACUGCAACGAAGCCGACCCCGAAAAGAACGAUUGUAUCUCGAUAUACCGGGGACUGCUGAGCCAGCUUUUAUAUAAGUGUCGAGAACUCAUUCCUUACUGCUAUGAGAAAUGCCUCUCGAGUGGGGAGCUCAACUUGACUUCCACGACUCUCGCCGAGCAAUUGUUGAAAUACUUCUUUGAGAUGAUGUCAAAGCAGUUCAUCAUAAUAGACGGCUUAGAUGAGUGCAAUCAAGGACAACGGAAGCUGGUACUGACUUUCUUCAACGCAAUGGUAGAUCGGUGCGAUGAGCGGGAACCGGGGAAGCUGCGUGUGCUUUUCAUCAGCCAAGCCUUUCCGGACAUUGAGAAGGCGCUCCUGAAAGCCGAAACCUUGAAACUCACCGAGGAAGAUAACAAGAAAGAUAUCAAGUCGUACAUCGAAGAUUGGUCAAAGAAGAUCAGAGGACUAUAUGGUCUUACUGCGGAACAAGCCAAAUUUAUUGAAGACUCGACUAUGAUCAGGUCGCGAGGAAUGUUCCUCUUCGUGAAAUUAGUGAUGGAGAACCUGUACGAGCAGGGGACUCGAAGAGAUCUUCUGAAUGAAAUCGAGGUGUACCCAUUCCCCGAAGAAAUAGGAGAGGCGUACGAAAGUAUACUGAAACGUCUGGAACGAAACGUGGGGAAGAAACCGUGGGAAAUAGUCAGAAAGCUUCUUGGCUGGAUGGUUUGUGCCAAACGGCCUCUCAAGUGGCGAGAGAUACAGGCUGCGAUCUCUAUCGAUGCGGAGGAUCAAACGAUCGAUCUUGACAAUGGAGGGCUGCGAAGGAGCGUUGAGUAUUACUGUGGUUCACUGAUCCAAGUACUAGACGGAGACCGUGUGGAGCUCGUGCAUACUACUGCAAAGAUGCACAUCAAAGCAAGUAAACACAUUCGUCCCUCCGCCGUCGAGUGUAACCUGGCAGCACUUUGUUUGCGGUAUUUGACAUUUGGGUGCUUCGAAGAAGAUGUCGAUCCAGAAGACCUACAAUUUCACGCCGAAGAAGGCCUUCUUUCCUUCCAAGACUACGCAGCGGCAAAAUGGCAUCAGCACGUUCGUGCCAUCAUCAAUACAUCGAUUCACGAUUUCUCCACGGAUCCAGAGUCUCAAGCCGCGUUAGAAGAGCUUGAGGCAGGCUUGGAAGAGUUUUAUAACCGUUACAAGCAAGAAGUCGUACUUCCUUCAAUUCUCGACGACGCCUUGGAAGACUGCUCUCCAUUCCAAGCCUACCCAUUUCAUGCAAAGCUGCUCCAAGUCUGGAACCAUGUCUAUCAACACGAUAGAAAGGGCACGGAAGCACGCAAAGAGAUCGGUAUCAAAGCUCUCAGCGAAGUCAUCAUGCGAAAUCGGGACGUGAUCGAAACGCUCGCCGCUGCCCACGACUUCGACUCCGAAAAAAUCACAGCUUACUACGGCGAGAAGCACUUCAAGUGUCCUCGCCCGAACUGCUUCUACUUUCAUGAAGGCUUCAAGGCCGCCAAGUCCCGCGAACAGCACAUCAACCGCCACGACCGACCCUUUGACUGCCUCUUCCCGGACUGCUCCAUUGCCGAGUUCGGAUUCUCCUCCAACAAAGACCUCGAGAAGCAUAAGAAGAUGUUCCAUCCCGAGACUACGGACCAGGCGGAAGCGUUCACUGCGCAGACGAAGGUGGUUGCGAAAGCGCGGUGGAAGUGUGAUUUGUGUGAUAAGAGGUUUACCAGAGGCUUUCAUCUGAAGAGUCAUUUGAGGAGUCAUGCGGGCGAGAGGCCGUUUAAGUGUGGGGAGUGUGGGAGGGCUUUCACAAGGGAUAACGAUAAGAAGAGGCAUGAAAAACUUCAUACCAGGCGGUAGAUAGUGAAACAUCUUGGAAAAGGGUUGUUUAUAUCUCAGAAGUAGAGGAUAAAGUUAACCUGAGUUCUGCUUCAUUUCAAGGGUUGGGAUAAAAAUUUCUAUGCUGUCCAGCUCUCAGCAAGCACUUCACUCGUAAUUCGGGCCAGGGGACUUCAAAAAUUCAAAACAAGCACUUUCUUCACUUUGAAAACGAGCCAAACAAAUAGAACAGAAAUUUAGCCCACCCGAAGAGGGUAACAAAGGCAGCGCUAAUUUUGU